GCGGAUGAUAUGAAUGCAAGUUUAUUAUUGCCACCUCCAAUGUUCAAUGCGAUAAUAAUAAUCAUAACGGAUCCACUGCGUUAAGUUCGCCCAGAAACGGCGGCUCCGGGGGCGCACGGCCAAUCAGCGCGCGGCUGCCGCCAGCCCCGUCGCAGCGCCGAGGAAUAAGAAAGUAAUUGCAUCCACCAACGCCGCCGCCUAGUAUUGUUCCUCCUAAUAAUAUCGAGGCCUCCUUUCGUCCUGUUCUUCUCCCCUCCUCUCCUCUCCUCUCCAGUGUCCCCGGGUCCUCAUUACUUACGUCUGCCUCGAUCGCUACUGCGCACCCUGCGCUGUCUACUGUUAUCUAUCACAACUGCUUCUAGCGACCAGCACACAGGACCAUGGCCACCAUCCAGACGGCCUUUCCCCCGCAGGCCAUCGCCAACCCAGGUCAGAUCUCCAUCUACGGCCACCCCUCGCCGUCCAACUCCGCCAACAACACCCCUUCCAACAGUUCGCCCGCUUCACCUCAGAUGAGCAACGCAACGCUGCAUUAUCCCUCUCAGUCGCGCCAGAUCCGCCCUCCCAAGGCUCCCCUCUAUGUCCCCGCAGUGCUGCGUCCGACCGAGCGUCCUGCCAAAACCUCCUCUAAGGACUCUUCGCCCAUCACCCCUCCACGCAGCGUGCACGGCUCGCUCGACAGCCUGAACGAAGAGCCAGCUCCUGUCCACCGUCAGACCACCAUCAACUCGACCAAGAGCGGACCGACCAAGUGCAGCGAGGAUGUGAUGAAGGAUGAGCGACUGGGUGAAGUAACAGGUGUGCCCACCCGCGACCACUGGAAGGCCGACGCUGCCUCUCAGACCUGCGACUCGCCCACCUGCCGCUCCUCCUUCGGCAUCUUCACACGCCGUCACCACUGCCGCCACUGUGGCCAUGUCUUUUGCUCGUCGCAUACCCCCUACGUGGUGCCUCUCGACCAGAAUGCCCGCUUCCACCCUGAAGGCGCUGCCUCGCGGGCCUGCGACCAGUGCUACAAGGCCUACCACCGCUGGGAAGAGACCCGUGCCGCGAGGAUGAGCCGCAUCCAGCAGACACUCGACGAGCGCGAAACACAGUCCGACUCAGGCGAAACCGAGCAUAACGAGCAAAUCGACGCUCCUCACCGCCAGCCUGAGUUCGCCAUCGCCAGCAGCGUUCCGCGCGGCUGGAAUUGGAGCACCUUCUAAUUUUCAACAUUCUUAAUAUCAGACUAGUUAAUACUUAUCUGAUUCGCGUGGAUACCUUUCUUACUUUUCUUUGGGGUGGUUCUGUCGACUUUUCUUUUCCUUCCUGUCGUGAUUCCCCCUUGGUUCCGCGCAUGUAUUAGCGAUAUUCUUUACUUUUUCGUCUACUCGGGUUUUGCUUGUUUGGAGUUGACGGCAUAUUAGAUCUGAUCUGCCAGCUUUUGUCAUCUGGUUCUUUCAUCAUUUCGUGGAGUUUGCUGGGAUGGCCUUUUUUUUUCUCUUUCUUGCUCGCAUCGUUCAUCUUCGUGGCGUCUUACUGGCAUGGUGUUCAUAGAGGCUGCUUUGUAGCUAGUCGGGGCCGAUACGCACCUGGCUUCUUCCGACUGGCAGUUGUGAUAGACCUAAUAUUCUCGUCUCAUUCGGGAUGAAUCAACUUAUUUACA